AUGGAAAGGAUGAAGUAUAAGUUGGGAUUUCAAAAUUGUCUUGCUGUGAGUUGUGAAGGCAAAAGUGGAGGAAUUGCUCUUUUCUGGAAUAACAGAUUCAAGGUGGAAAUUCAGACUUUUUCUAAGUUUCACAUACAUGCAAAAGUUACUGAGGAGGAGGAGAAUGUUGAGUCAUGGUGGUUAACUGGUUUUUAUGGCAAUUCAGAUGUGAGUAAGAGGCAUGAGUCCUGGAAUUUAUUGAGAACAUUACUGGUUCCUAGUGAUAAAGGCUGGUUGAUUUUGGGAGACUUUAAUGAGAUUCUAAGUAAUGCUGAAAAGAGUGGAGGUAGAGACAAACCUGAUAGACAAAUGAAGGCUUUUACGGAUGUUAUUGAUGAAUGUCAUUUACAUGAUUUGGGAUUUAAUGGUACUCCUUUCACAUGGUGUAACAGAAGGGAAAUGGCUCAUUGUAUUAGUGAAAGAUUGGACAGGUUCUUAUUAAAUUUGAAGUGGCAUUCUUUUUAUCCAAUGGCUUCUGUUAUUCAUGGGGUUAUAGCUUAUUUUGACCAUGUGCCAAUAAUGUUGAAGCUCACAGCUGGGAGUGUACAAGGUCCAAGAAAGAAAUUGUUUAGAUUUGAAGCAAUGUGGGUUGAUGCUACUGACUGUAAACAGGUUAUUCAAGAGGCUUGGAGGGGCGUUGAAGGAAGGAAAGAUUUGAGCCUUGCAGACCCUCUCUCUGAUAACAGACAGAAGCUACAAGAAGCUAGAAAUGAGGUCCAAAAAUGGUUAACCAGAAAUGAGAUAAUGUGGAAACAGAGGUCCAAGGCCUUGUGGUUAGCUGAGGCUGCUGAUGAAGUGGGAAGUAUGGGCUUUUUACAAGGUCUGGCAGGCAGAAUAACACCUGAUAUGGUUGAACAAAUGGAUUUGCCUUUUUCAGAAGAUGAGGUAAAGAGGGCUUUAAAUGAGAUGCAUCCAACAAAGGCACCUCGUCCAGAUGGUAUGAGUCCCCUCUUUUAUCAAAAAUAUUGGUCAGUGGUGGGCAAGGAUGUUACUGAAUCAAUUCUUCAUGCAUUGAAUAAUGGUUACUUUCCAUCUGCCAUCAACCACACUUAUGUCACCCUGAUUCCAAAGAGAAAAAACCCUGAGUUAGUGUCAGAUUAUAGACCAAUAAGUCUAUGUAAUGUGAUAUACAAAUUGAUUUCAAAGAUUCUAGCCAAUAGAUUGAAGCUGUGUUUGCCUGCUAUCAUUUCACCAUCUCAAACAAUAUUUGUUCCUGGAAGACUUAUUACUGACAAUGUGCUAGUUGCUUAUGAGAUGGUUCAUUUUCUGAGAAGGAAGAGGAAAAGGAAGGAUGGCUUUAUGUUACUAAAAUUGGAUAUGAGUAAAGCUUAUGACAGGAUUGAGUGGUGUUUUCUUCAUAAAGUGAUGGAACAGAUGGGGUUUAGUGAAAAAUGGGUGAAGUUGAUUAUGUUUUGUGUUCAAACAGAUUCUUUCUCUAUUCUUCUAAAUGAAGAACCAAAGCGACCUAUAUAUCCAACUCGUGGGUUGAGACAAGGAGAUCCUAUCUCUCCCUAUCUUUUUCUACUAUGUACUGAAGGUUUAAUUCUAUUAUUGGAUCAAGCUAACUCCCAUAAUCAAGUUGAAGGAAUUCGAGUUUGCAGAGGGACCCCCAAGCUAAAUCAUCUGUUAUUUGCAGAUGAUGUGGUUCUGUUUAGUAGAGUUAAUAUGCAAACAUGCUUAAACCUCCAACAUCAGCUGGACAUCUAUGAGAAAGCCUUUAGUCAAAAGGUUAAUCGUGAAAAAACCUCCAUGGCCUUCAGUCAGAAUGUAAAUCAGCCCCAGAUGGAUGAGAUUAUGCAGUUUUGGGGAGUGCACCAGUUUCAACAAUAUGAUAAAUACCUUGGUUUGCCAACUAUGGUUGGAAGAGGUAAAUAUCAAGCUUUCUCAACCUUAAAAUAUAGAGUUUGGGCCAAAAUGCAAGGGUGGAAAGAGAAGCUAUUAUCACAAGGGGGAAAGGAGAUCUUACUCAAAGCUGUGGCCUUAUCUAUACCAACAUACACUAUGAGCUGUUUUAAAUUACCAAGGUCUUUAUGUUCUAAUUUAGAAGAGAUGAUGGCAAGGUUUUGGUGGGGACAGAAAUCAGAUGAAAGAAAAAUAUGUUGGUUAAGCUGGAAGAAAAUGUGUGAUUCAAAGCUUAGUGGUGGAUUGGGAUUCAAGAAUUUACAGUUGUUUAAUAUGGCCCUUUUAGCUAAGCAAGGAUGGAGGAUUAUGACUCAGGAAUCAUCUCUUCUUCAUAGAAUUUUUAAAGCUAGAUAUUUCCCUACUUCUAGUUUUAAAGAUUCAAUGUUAGGUGGCACACAUUCUUUUGUUUGGAGAGGUAUUUGGGAAGCUAAAACAUACCUCCUUAAGGGAUGUAGGUGGCGUGUUGGAAAUGGUCUAUCUAUUAAUAUCUGGGAAGAUUAUUGGCUUCCAAAUCACAAGUUGGUACCUACUCCUCCUAUAACUGCAACUGAUUCAGCUUCUGAGAGGGAUAAUUCUGUGGCAUCUUUGAUGAUGCAGAAUCCAAGAAGAUGGGACAUAGAGAAGGUCAGAAGCUUGAUACCAGCAAGGGAGGCAAAUGAGGUGCUUUCUAUCAGAUUGUCUUCUGAGGAUGUUUCUGAUUCACUGGUAUGGGAACAUGAGAAAAGUGGGCUGUAUUCUGUCAACAGUGCUUACCAGUUUUUUCACUCUAUGGAUACAGAUAGAAACAGAGCUGAAAGUUCAUUGAAACUUAAUGUGGAUGGAGCAAUCUUUAGUGAUCAAUGUCGAUCUGGUAUUGGUGUGGUUUUAAGAGAUGAUAAGGGACAAGUGACUUUUGCUGCUAGUAAACUAGAAGAUGCUCUUGCUGACCCAAUGGAGAUAGAGCUCAUUGCUAUAUUGAGAGGAAUUCAGUUGUGUAUUCCUCUAGGUAUUGCUGAGCUUCAAAUUGAAAGUGAUGCACUUCUUGUUAUUGAAGAACUAAAAAAGGAUGGAAGAUCUUCAACCCUAUGGAGUUCUCUUAUUCAUGAAAUCAAGACCCUUCUAUCCUCUUUUCCAGCUUGGUCUAUUCAAUAUAGAGGCCGUGAGUCUAAUGGUGUAGCACAUAAUCUAGCUAAGUUUGCAUGGCAUCUUGAUAAUAUAGCUCUAUGGUGGGAUGUUAUUCCUGAAUGUAUAUCCCAAACUAUUUGGGUUGAUUCAUCAUUGUAA